UCUAACUGUGUUAGUUCCCUUGCCAAUGCGCAUGCGCACUAAUUCAUUCCGUUGUUUACUUCCGUUUGUGAAAAAUGUCGCACAAUUCGAAAUCAUAUCGAAAAAAGUUAACGAAACAAACGGCGUUUUCAUGUAAGAAGAUUGACGUUCUUUUGAGGCAGCACGCUCUCGCAUCAUCCGGAUCGCAGAUCGACCGUGAGGAUGCUAGCAAGCAGGAUUCAGAAAGGAAAUCUUCCGAGAUUGCGUCCGAACCAGUGUCCGUGUCACCAACAGAAGAUUCUACGGAGAAAGGCUACUCCUGAACAGAUAGCUGACCCUAACUUCAUGCUGAUGGAGAUUCAGAAGGAUGUCGGAAUCAAGCAGGACUACCCAGCCAUGGGGUAUCUAAUGUUGGUCGGGGCUUUGAUCACGACCUCAACAGCAGUGGUCGAGAGAGUUUUCUCGUUAAUGAAUAGGCUGUGUACGCCACUUAGGGCUUCCAUGUCCCAGAAGACGAUUGAAGAGCUUAUGAGGGUCGUCAGCAUUGGAGAGGAAUGUUUGACUGAUGAACAAUUGAACGAAGCCAUUGCCUACUUCGGUAGAAAAAAAGAUAGAAUGGUUAAAUUCUAAGUUGACUGUUCAAGUGAUUGAAUUGAUGUGAAGUUGUUUGCAAUGUUACUCAGUGAUUAAAGAUUGUUUUAAAU